UAACCUCAGGCUCAAAUAUGAAAUCUUUCCAAGCCCACCUCAUCGUCAAUCUAGACCAAACCUACUUGCUACUCGGAUACCUGUCAAUGGGUUAACUUCAUUUUCUUUAAAUUCGUCAGUCCAUGUUAUCCUCAAAAAGGGCAUCAUUUCGUUUCGUCAAAGCCUCCAGGAGCAAGCAAGCCUACAGCACUGUUAGAAUUAGAAACCCUCUCCCUCUCAUCGAUUCGACAUGGCGGUGGCAGCCAAGUAUCUUCCUUCUGAUGUUGUUUCGGACAUCCUCUCCAGAUUGCCGCUGAAAUCUCUGGUCAGAUUCAGGUGUGUAUCGAAGCCUUGGCUUCAAUUUAUCACCCACUCUAGAUUCCCUUUCUGGCUACUCUAUCGCCAUCUCUCCUGCGAUCCUCUUUCACACUGCCCCCAUAACCAGAGCAGUCUCAUUCUAUCUUAUAAUAAACGCACAGAAGUUGAAGGAUCAGAGUCUAAAUUGUAUUCUUUUGGUGGUGGGUAUCAAGAAGAUGCUUUCAGUGUGGCUGUGGAGACUGAUUUUCCUCUGAUCAGAGGAAAAUCUUUCGAGAUCAAGACUGGUUGCUGCCACGGCAUGCUCUGUUUAUCCAUUGAAGAUGAUGAUACCCUUGUUUUGUGGAAUCCAUCUAUUGGAGACUUUAGGACAUUACCCCUCACUGAAGAGGUAGGUAUCUGUGGGGGAGUAUGUGGGCUCGGCUUCGAUUCGAGCAUGGAUGAUUAUAAAGUGGUGAGUUUGUGUGAAAAACAGGUUCAUGUUUUUUCAGUGAAAAGGAACUUGUGGAGAAAUCUUGGAGAGUUAGCUUACUCUCUUUUCUAUGAGGGGGUUCCUGCAAAUGGAUGUCUUUAUUGGGCUGCUAGUAAGUCCCACAAAUUCGCAGACCGAAUUUUAUGUCUCAAUCUAUCGGACGAAACAUUUAGGGAGGUUCCUCCUCCUCCUUUUGAUCCAUCCAAUUCUCGACCUAUUUGGUUUCAAGAAGAGGAGGACUUCUUUGUAGUGGCUGAAUUGAACUUGCUGCUUUGGGGGAAUUCGCUUUGUGUGUUUCGCCAGUAUGACCAAACGCUGUGGGUAAUGAAGGAAGAGAAAGAAGAAAAUGGUGGGGUGAGAGUAAUUUGGAAAAAAAUGAUGACCAUCCCCAAAAUCUCAAAUCAAGAGCCUAAUUAUCGAGUUUAUUAUCGCUUGAAUCCAAAAUGCUUCACCAAAACUGGUAAACUUGUGGUCUCUGUAAGACGCAAGUGGUUUGUAAUGUAUGAUGGAAACAAAUAUCAGGACCUUCAUAUUCAAGGACUCGGAGAUGGCCGCUAUCAGAAGGCUAUUGUCUACACUGAAAGCCUAAUUUCACCUGGCAGCAUUCGUGGGAUGAAUGAUAUAGACUAAGCUUUGCAGCCUGCAGGGUACUAUUAUAGUUUUCAAUGUAAAAACUACAUAGAUUCUAUUGAUGUCCAUUGUCUUUGACGAUUAUAGGAGUUUUAUAUUAUGUUUCCCUUUGACUUGGAGUUUUGAAGAUGCAAAAAUUGACAUACUGUUGGAAAUGUCAUAGGAUUUUUGAUGUUUUUAUCUUCAUCUCCACCUUUACUGUUAUUGUACCUUUCCAAUGUAAGAUCCUAGUUUCUGGUGCUUA